GUCCUUUCAGUAUUGAUGACGUCACAGCGUCAGCCCGUUUAUUAUUUGUGUAGUAAAACAGAAGUCUGAUUCGCUCCUGUAAGCGCUAAUCAAAGGUUAAUAACGGUGUUAUUAAGGGCUUAUUAGAGGUGGGAGGGUUCGUGAUGGCCGUGGAGGUGAGCAGCAUGUCGAGUGUUUUAGCGUUUCAGACUCAGAUCGCCUCAGUGAUGGAGGUGUUCGCUAACGCCGCUGUGGCGGAGAUUUGUAAAGUUGUGGAGGUGAGUUACACCGAGUUACAGAUGGAGAUGCUGAAGAGCCAGAAGGAGAACACUCUGCUCAAACGGAGGUUGAAGAUGAUCGAAAUGCGCGAGUCGUUUUAUAAAAGAGCCAACAGGCUGAAGGACUCGGCGGGGGGAGAGGGUGGAAGGGUGCGGGUGAAGAUCGGCACAAUACAGAGUGAACGGCGCCCCACUGAGGAAACAACACCACAUGAUCCUGUAAUACACACACCUGCUCAACAGGAGAGUGUGAUGGAGUGUGUGGAGCAGGACGGACAGUCGGACAUUCUCAUGCUGAAACAGGAGACAACAGAGACCCUCAGUAAAGAGCGAGACACAGAGACCAGAGAUACAACGGGCAGAGAAAACGUCCUGCAGCACGACUCGCUCCAACAACAGGAGUCUGAUGAAGAACGUGACUUUCUGAAGGAGGAGCAACGAGAGGAGCGAGGAGACGCAGAAGCACACGACGGAAGUUGUCCUGAUGAAGGCACUUCAAGUAUAGAAGCUGACAAUGACGUCACUGUUACAGAUGCAUCAUGGGAAGGCAGCAUGUUCGACUCCUCCCCACACAACCUCCCGUACUCUGGAGCUGACAUCAGUGCAGGAACGUCCGUUAACGAUUAUUUCCUGCACAGAGACGCUGUGUGUUCCUACGGCACCGAGGUCAGCUCUGUUAGUAACGCGUCUUUUCCUGAGACUCACUUCCCACACGCUGACAAGCGAAUGGUCUCUCAGUCCCAUGCCGGCCCGUUUAAACCCGACAGGUUCGUGGUGUGUAAAUAUUGUGGGAAACACUUCCCUCAUGCUAGCGCUCUAGUCCUGCACCAGCGUGUCCACACGGGCGAGAAGCCGUACUACUGCGCUCUCUGUGGGAAACGCUUCAGUCAGGCGUCCAGUCUGAAGAAACACUACGGCAUGCACCGAGGAGAGAAACCCUUCAGCUGCUUGCACUGCGGAAAACUCUUCUCGGAUCAGAGCAACCUGAAGAAGCACGUUAACGUGCACACGGGCGAGAAACCCUACGGCUGCGUGCAGUGCGGCAAAACCUUCAACCAGUCGUCCAACCUGAAGACACACAUGAAGAUCCACACGCGGGAGAAACCAUUUAGCUGCGAGCACUGUGGCCAGAUCUUCGCCUACAAGAGCAGUCUGGUGAAACAUCAGCAGAGGAACUGCCUUACUCUGCAGAACCCGCUCCAGAACCCGCUGCAGAACCCACUUCCACAGUUUUAGACCUUUCUGAGCCUGGAAGUCAUGUUCUGCAUCCAGCAGUUUUAUAAAUAUACUAUACGCAGUGAGGGUCUGUCUGCCCUGCUCUGGAUCUCCGCGUUCUUCCCUCUUUUCCAGAGAACAUUCCUGCACAGAUACUUCCAGGAGAACACGUCUCUGAAGUGUUCACUCGGUCUCCUGCCUGAUACAGACGCUCUCGUGAUGAUUUCUUUAGGUUAUGGUCCAUUUCCCAAGUGAAGCGGUAAAUACAGAGGAAAUAAAAAAGAAUUUCACUGCAAAUCAGGGUUUCCCUUUUAAUAAAUACCCAACUGUGUGUGUAUAGGAUGAUAGGAUUCAGUAUUAAAAUCAUGAAAGUGGCCACUGGAACGUGUCGUGUAAAUAAGUUGCAGUGAGAUGGUUUCGUUUUUCAGUUUCGUGCCUGUAGAAGAAUUAUUUUUUUAAUUCUGAAUGAACACAAAGUCACACUCCUGUAAGACUGAAAUGAACAGAGAGCUGCGUACAGUGCUUUAUUAUUAUUAUUAUUAUUAUUAUUAUUAUUAUUAUUAUUAUUAUGAAAGUCCCCUCUUGUGUAAAAAUAAAGUAUUACAAAACUUUAAAACUUAAAUACCAAGUUCACUUAUUGCAUUUAGAAAUCUGGAUGAAACAGACUGAGAGACGGAUAGAUGCUCGCUGUAAUACUGUCUGCAUCCACAGGGAGGCAGCACCACUACUAACCUUACAGGGAACUCUGUGUGUGUGUGUGUGUGUGUUUGUUUCUGGUGGAACGUUGUCCACAUUGCCCUUCUGUUACUCCACAUUGUCCUUAUUAUACACACAAACGAUCUCUCUCUCUCUCUCUCUCUCUCUCUCUCUCUCUUUUCCCUGUGAAGGAUUUCUGCUUCGUUUGUGGUUCCUGAGUAGAGGAGGAAAAAAAACUGGAUUACAUCUGUCAUUGUCUGUCUCUUUAUAUCUGUCUAUCUCUUUAUAUCUGUCUGCCUCUCUUUGUCUGUCUCUGUCUCUUUAUAUCUGUCUGUCUGUCUCUUUAUAUGUCUCUAUAUAUCUGUCUGUCUCUCUGUUUGUCUCUUAAUAUCUCUCUGUCUGUCUGUCUGUCUCUCUCUCUCUCUCUCUCUCUCUCUGUUAGACGGGUGUCUCUGGUUUGACAUUAUGUAGGUCAGCAGUUUUGAGUUACUGAUUAGAAACGUGUGUGUGAGUUUGUGUAUGAGACCGAGAGAGAAUGCAUUAGUAUGCUAACAUACAUGCACACACCCUCUCCUGUGAACCUGAACAUAGACAGGAAGUGGGGAAAUUGAGUGACUAAACAUUUCUCAUCAUGACAAAACCCAUAGAGAGAGAGAGAGACAUAUCAGUUUCUAAC